AAUCAUACAGAAAUCGAUAAAACAGUACCUAUAAAACAUUGUAUCUGAUAGAAUGGCUAAGAAUAACAACAUCGUGAUCGUCUUCGAUUUUGACAAGACAAUCAUCGAUGUAGACAGCGAUAAUUGGGUCGUGGAUGAACUUGGUUUCACUGAUUUGUUCAACCAGCUUCUCCCAACAAUGCCUUGGAACUCUCUCAUGAAUCGGAUGAUGAAGGAGCUUCAUGAUCAUGGUAAAACCAUUGAAGAAAUCAAACAAGUCCUUAGGAGAAUCCCAAUUCAUCCACGUGUCAUCCCAGCCAUCAAAUCUGCUCAUGCUUUAGGGUGCGAGCUGAGAAUAGUGAGCGACGCAAACACGUUGUUCAUCGAAACAAUCAUUGAACAUCUCGGGAUUGGUGAGUUUUUCUCCGAGAUUAACACAAAUCCAGGACUUGUAGAUGAACAAGGAAGAUUAAUAGUCUCUCCUUACCAUGACUUCACCAAAUCUUCUCAUGGUUGCUCUCGUUGCCCUCCUAACAUGUGCAAGGGUUUAAUAAUCGAUAGGAUUCAAGCUUCUCUAACGAAAGAAGGGAAGACGAGCAAGAUGAUCUAUCUUGGAGAUGGUGCUGGUGAUUACUGUCCCAGUCUUGGACUCAAAGCUGAAGAUUACAUGAUGCCAAGGAAGAAUUUCCCGGUUUGGGAUUUGAUUAGUCAAAAUCCCAUGUUGGUUAAGGCUACCGUUAGAGAUUGGACCGAUGGAGAAGAUAUGGAGAGGAUACUAAUGGAAAUAAUCAACGAAAUUAUGUCAUCAGAGGAAGGAGAGGAGAAUGACAAGAUGUUGAGCUCUGAAAACUGCAAGAUAUCUGUUGGGAUUGUUCAUGAACCUAUUCAAGUUCCUUUAAAUUUGGUCAAGUGAUUGAUGAAAACAAGAAAUUGAAGAUUUUUGUUUUGUAUUCGAGAUAUUCUUCAUGCAAUUAUGUAAGAUGUCUAAAGAUGAAUGGUUCAUGCACGUUAAGUGAUUUCUUUUUUUUGUAUACGUAAUUAAGGGAUCUCCUUCGGAGGAGCGUCUAGCUACCACGGAAGCUUAAUGGGCUCAUUUUUCGUAUCACUUCUUUAAUUAAGUCUCUUGUUCUUCGAUAAUGAAUAAUAGCAUAAUAUUACUCUAGUGAUCCAUCCAAUUAUAAAGAGAAUGUAAAGGAUGGUAUAAGUUAAGCAUGUAAACCCAUUCCGCAUUGGAUUAACCUGUUUGCAUGUUGAUCAAUUUCGCACACACA